CUCUUCGGCAGCCGAAUAAAAUCGACAACAAUCUCACAUGUUUUUAAAAUGGCGGAUAACCACAGUGGAAAAAGAUAUAAUAAUAAACACUUUAUCAAACUGACCUACGUAGAUGCAAAAACGCUAUCUUCUCAUAAAUAUUCCUGUAUUUCUGAAAUACGCCAUGAAAUGAAAAUUCCAAUGUCUCCAAAAUAUAUUAACAAUAUACGGUUGGGAUUGACAGAAAGUUUAUGCAAGGAACUAUUUGUUUAUAACGAGAAAAUGAAAGGGAUUCCACUGGCAUUUGAUAACAUUAAAGUAAUAAAAUCCAAUAUUAUCGAUGACCAAGACUUUUUUAUGUUAACCGUCAGUGUUAUUUUUUUGGUAUUUAAUCCAGUAAUUGGAAAAAUAUUGCAUGGUACUGUGAACAAAAUUAGUGAUCAUCAUUUUGGUUGCCUUAUCCAUAACUGCAUCAAUGGCUCCAUACGUCACCCAAGGGAAGACUAUCUGACACAAGAACAAAAAGAAAUAGUAAAAAAUAUAGCAGUUGGUGAUAAGGUCAUUUUUAAAGUUCAUAAAUUAGACGUGCACCACGAUAUUCUUUUCAUACUUGGCGACAUUGCACAAGAGUUUUAUCAAAAAGUCCACCAUAAUCUCAAUUCAACUAAACCAAAAACAGAGGAAGAUGUGAAUAACAAUGAAGGUAGUCUUUUUAAAUCAAGCUGUGAAACGCCUAAGAAAAAGAAAAAACAUGAUGAAGAAGAAAGAAAUAUUCUCACUGAAGAAAGGGAUAUUGUUUAUGAAGAAGAGAAUAUUGUAAACGGGCAAAACAAACAAAAAUUAAAACGAAAGAGAACUGACUCUUCCUCACAAUCUGAAUCACCAUCCAAAAAGAAAAAAAAGAAAAGAAAGAAAAAGAAAAAGAGCGAAGAAGACACAGAUUAAAUUUUGUAUCGAUAAAUUCUUCCUUUUUAACUUUUUUAAUACGGCUUACUCCGAAUCAAACUCAAAUAAUCUUACCAGUCUCAGA